GAGGAGCAGGGCAGGCUCAUCUCAGCUACCAGUUACACAAGCGGCUCCGUGCUCUGCUCUGGCACAGGUGGUCGCUACUUAGCAGUGGAGCAGGUUUUGGGGGGACCCCUUCUCUCCCACCUUCAGUGCUCUAGAAUUUUUUCUGUGGCUUCUCAUUAUUACCGGAUACUUUUUGGGAUACAGGAUCAUGAUGACAUGUUGAGAUUGGGCUUUGUGACUUGCUGGCUGUUGGAUUUAAUCACUGUCCUGCUACAAGGAGUCAGGAUCAGCCUGUCCCGGGGUCCUGGCAUCGACUGCUGCAAUUCAUCCAGGUGUACAAGAAGAAGCAGAAUACGUUGUGUCCUCACUCACAAAGAACACUGAUGUAAUCCUGUGUUGUCUAAACGAGCUGAUGGAUGAAGAUGAGAAAGACAGAGCAAAGAGGGCUUCACGGAAUAAAUCUGAAAAGAAGAGAAGAGACCAAUUUAAUGUUCUCAUUAAGGAGCUGUGUACAAUGCUGCAUGGUCAUGGACACCCCCUCAAGAUGGACAAGUCCACCAUUCUCCAAAGAACUAUUGAUUUCUUACAGAAACAGAAAGAAAUCACAGCACAGACAGAAGCCUCCGAGAUCAGACAGGACUGGAAACCUUCUUUUCUUAGUAAUGAAGAGUUCACCCAGUUGAUGUUAGAGGCCUUGGAUGGAUUUCUAAUUGCGCUGACCACAGACGGCAUGAUAAUAUAUGUUUCUGACAGCGUCUCCUCCCUUCUUGGUCAUUUACCGUCAGAUUUGGUGGACCAAAAUAUAUUGAACUUUCUGCCGGAGCGGGAACAUGGGGAAGUGUAUAAGAUGCUGGCUCCGCAUAUACUGAUGACAGAACCAAUCACUCCAGAAUUUCUAAACAAUGAUAAACAAGUGGAGUUCUGCUGUCAUUUAGCCAGAGGAAGUCUAGACCCAAACGAACCUCUUACUUAUGAAUAUGUAAAAUUUGUUGUAGAUUUUAAGUUUUUUACACAUGUGCCUACAUCAUCAUAUAAUGGCUUUGAGUCAGCGGUUGCAAGGGCGUUCCGGUCAGCCACAGAGGAGCAGAUAUGUCUCGUAGCUACAGUCCGUCUUGUCACUCCACAGUUUCUAAAGGAGCUGUGCAACGUAGAAGAGCCUUGUGAAGAAUUUACAUCCCGGCACAGUCUAGAGUGGAAAUUUCUCUUUUUAGAUCACAGGGCUCCACCAAUUAUUGGCUAUCUACCCUUUGAAGUGCUGGGGACGUCAGGGUAUGACUACUACCACGCAGAUGACCUGGAGCUCCUGGCAAGGUGCCAUGUUCACUUGAUGCAGUACGGGAAGGGAAAGUCCUGUUACUACAGAUUUCUAACCAAAGGCCAACAGUGGAUCUGGCUGCAGACGCACUACUACAUCACCUACCAUCAGUGGAAUUCCAAACCCGAGUUCAUUGUUUGCACACACACUGUUGUUAGCUAUGCUGAAGUCCGAGCAGAGAGAAGAAGAGACCUGGGUCUGGAGGAGUCCGCUCUGGAAAUUGCAGACCCAUCAUUAAAGAUGCAAAACACCUAUCUAGACAUUAGGCAAUGUACAAAUAACCAGGAGCCGAGCAGGGAAGGGGUGUCUGUCUCGUCACAUAGCUCCCGCAGAUCGUCUCACACGGCCCUUUCAGACUCUGCCUCAACAUCCUCUAUGAGACGUACAGAAGCCAGUACUCCUUCUAGACACUCGAUGACCUUGAGCCAGCAAGACAUGCCCCAAAUAAGAAUGGCAGCCAGUGCAAACCAGCAGGUAGUAACCCCUCAGCCUCCAGCUGAACAUAUACCUCAACAUCAUGUUGCCCAGCCGACUAUUUCACCCCAGCAAGCUAUCAUGCCGGUGUGUCAUUACCCCAGUCACCUAGGAAUGGUGACCCAACUUAAGGAACAACUGGAGGAGAGGACGCGGAUAUUACAGGCAGACAUCAAAACGCAACAGCAAGAACUGGAUGUCUUAAAGGAACAGCUGCAGCUAGUGCAGGACUCCAACUUGCAGAUGUUUAUGCAGCAACCAGUCCCAAUGGGAUUUAAUAAUGUACAACAGCCUGAUUCCAGGAGGGUGUCACGCCAGUCCGGAGUAGUGGCUAGGCAAGGCCUGGAGAUGGGGAAGAAGUCUCAGUCGAUGAUGAGUUCCAAGCGUUUUUGUGGAUCUCAGAUAACCUCCGCUCAUCAGUAUGUUACAUCAAAUCAGAAUGCAGCUCACCAGCAAACUCAGCCACAACAGCACACGCAGCAAAUACAACCACAGGCACCGCAACACCAGCAUCCACCAGUGCCACAGCAUCAGCAGAUACAGCAGGCGCCACAGCAUCAGAGUCAGAAAUUACACCAACAGGCGGCGCAACACCAGCAUCAGCAAGUGCAACAAGCACAACAGCAACUGCAGCACCAGCAGCAAAUGCAGCAGCUGCAGCAGCAUCACCAACAGCAGCUGCAGAAGCAACAGCACCAGCAGCAGAUACAGAGGCAUCAGCGGAUGAUGAGAGGAAACCAGACACAGCAGACAGCAGUGUUACAGACUCAUAGCAACAUUGUGAUGCCCCUAUGCUAUAAUAACACUAUGAUGUUCCCACAAAUUCCCCCCCCUGCCGCCGCCACCGCUGCUUCAUCUCGGAUUUCAACAGACACUGUGGACAGAUCCCAAACAUCUGAUUUCAGUCAAGACAGGCAUUUGAGGUUUGUCCAAGACCAACAAAUGCGGCCGCCAUCACUGCAGAUGCAGCCAAUCACAUGUAGCACAGUGAUUGCAGCGACCCCGACUCCGGCAUACACCCCUUCUGUUAUGAUCCCUCCAGCCAGCUUUACCACCCAGCAGACCCAUGCUGCAGUCCACCUACACCAUUGUCAGCAGCCCGUCCAACCACAGCAUCUUUAUCUUCAGAUGCAGAGUCCAGAAUCGAUGCCAUCCGGCCAGUCUCAGCGUAUGUUUCAGCAGCCUCACAUCCCUCAGCAGAAUACCAUGGGCUAUUUUUUGCAUCCGCAACAACAAAAUCAAUCCGGUAAUAUAUCUGACUUACCGGAGAUGCCGCUCCCAUGACACUAGAGGAUGGAGAAUAGGACCUCAGGCAUCAUACUUGUGCACCAUGUGCAACAGUAGUAGAAGGCACUGAUGGGCCCAGAAUCCUUCUCUCUGUAGCGUGCCCAGUCCACCGAAGACUGUGCUAAGGGCUGAGAAGGAGACGUGUUCACUGAAGACGGGCAAUGUAACAAUCGGGUAGAAAAACUACAAACCCAUACAUAUUAUUAUAGGUUCCCAGCUGCCUCCAUGAAGAACCAAGAGUUCUGAUGUUACCUAUACACCAAAGUGUAUGUCAGGGGCUCUCUUGUUGGUUUGCCAAAGCAUACCCAAUAAGUGACUAUGAACUCUUUUAUCAACACCUAUGCCCAGCAACCUAUAUAGCCAUAAAGAUAGAGGUUUUGGAAAGCAUAACAUGUUCCAGAAGAGUGCUUGGUGGGUCAUGAUGGCAGUGUAUGGUUCAGAUAACCUCAGGCACUAUUUUUAUGUGCCUUGGAUGUUACAUUACGUAGCUGCAUCUUUAUACACUUUAUGAAGAAAUUCAGCGAUUUAUGCUAAUAUAGUGAUAUUCUGUAUGUCCUUUAUCAGUCGAGAGUUUCAUGCCAAAGUGUUCUACAUACAGUUAUAUCAGAAGAGUACCGAGAGAAGUGCCCAACAGACAUCAGACUGGUCAUAACUCUCCAGCCUGGUGCUGGUUGCCUGAAAUGUCCAUCUACAGAUGGAGCAGAAGCGACACCAGUCAGUGAAUGACAGCGCUGUUCCCCUAGGCUUACAGAAGAUGCAAAUCCCUUAACCACACUUCCACCGCAGGUCUUCACAAACAUCAGUCGGAAAGUAGCAGCAUUCGCCAAAGAGUUCCUAGAAGUUACCGCAGAUGCAUUAAACAAUAUUUCAGGUAGCACGGCCGCUCUUCUUCUGGCUA